AUGCCUCUAACCCUCCUGCAAGACACGGUGAAAAGUCUGCAAGCUUCGUGGUGGUGUUUUUCUCGCGUUCUCCAAACCCGUGACGAUCUUCGAGUUGUCAAUUUACUCGGCGGUGACUACUCCGAGUUGAGUGUGGGUGCUAUGGAGGGUGCAUCACAAGCACCCCAUUUGCACCACCACCACCGCAAGCGACGACGAGGUUGGGAGAAAGGGCCAUAUGUGCGUGUGCACUACGAGAAUCUGUCAAAAGCAAGUUUGGACCAUCUUCAGAACCUUCUGUCCUCGUGGUCAUCAUGGGAGUCCACUCAAACCCCUUUCGCUGAACGCGAGGGUCAGGAGGAGCAUCAGAGCACAAGACUGAGUGGAACGGACGUCUACUUCCCUUCCUCUGGGCCCUCCUCUGCAGCAGUCCCCUCUGUGCUCUCUCGCCUUGGUCCUUUGGGUUCACGGUUUCUUUCCCUUCAAUUUCUCACCUCUUUGAUUUCUCGUCUCCCCUUUCCUUUCCUUUCCCCUCCUUGCUCCUCCCAUGCAGCGU